CCGAAAAUAUCUCGGCCGCUUUCAAAGACGGACACGGCUAAUAUGUUCAGGACUCGUCAGAAACACGAAGAAGGAACUUUCAAUAACGACUUUUGAAAUGCCUCUUUCUGCGUAUUUUCCAUGCUCAUCUUAGAAGCUAUAAGCGUCUUGCCUGCACUUUCUUCGUACAAUGUAGAAGCAAUUAUACAAACACGGUUGUUUUCGGAAAUUUGUAUGCGUUUCUAGAAUGUCGGGCGUCGAGGGUGCUCUGAUUGGAGUAGUAUUUCAAGAGGCCUCCACAGUCUUGAAGAAAGGCGUUCCGUACAUAAUUAGGGUUUUCAGCAAUGCUGCUUGCAAAAAACUCAAGGAAAUCCUGAGUCGCUUGAAACCGAUCGUGGAUGAGAUGUGCGAAUUGAGUUUGAAAUCUUCAUCGGAGAAAUGGCUGAUGAGCAUUCAAGAGUUUCAGGGGAACCUUGCCGAUGGCCUCCGAUUGGUAGAGGAAUGCGAGAAAACCAGCUGUAGCAGGAUCCAUAAGAAGUUUAAGUAUGCAAAUAAGAUUCAGAAUUUGGAGAAGCUUAUUCGUAAUUUCAUCAAUAACAUUCUCCUGCCCAAUAUGGCAUUGAAUAUAAUUAAACUGCCCGAUUAUUCGUGCCAAAUGAAAAAUCUGAGUGAUGAUGUUAAAAAUGUUGCCUCCACCAUUGACGCACACCUCCAUGAACAUAGUUCGAUUCGGAGGACAAUAAUUGAGAAUUCAGGGGCUAAUGUAGAGCAGCAGGAAAGGAGCCUCUGCGUCCCGAAUACACAAAACUACUUAGUGGGCAUAGAUGAGUUUUUGAUGGAGUUAAAGGAGCUUGUGCUGGACACAGAGGUGAGCGUGGUUGGGAUUGCAGGAUUGAGCGGGAUAGGAAAGUCCACACUCGCGUCAGCCCUUUGCCAUCAUGAUCAAAUCAAAGAACACUUUAGAAAGAUAAUUUAUAUUCCCGUUUCAAAAAGUCCAAACAUCAUUGGUAUCCUGACGGACAUGUGGGAACGCAUUGUUGGUGUCCCCAAAUCUGGUUUCAGUAACUAUGAGGUAUCACAUAACCAAUUACAAUGUUAUAUAGACUCUAGCAGAAAUCAACCAACCCUGGUAGUAUUGGAUGAUGUCUGUUCUGAGUCCGACCUUCAAAAAUUAUUAUUUAGAGGUGAACAGUACAAGACAUUAGUAACCACAAGGGAUGAAAGAAUUCUCAGACAAGGUGAGCCCAAAGCACGCCUUUACCAGUUGCCUCUAUUGCAAGAGAAGGAUGCCCUGUCACUCUUCUGCCACUGUGCCUUUGGCGAGCCUAAGAUUCCGACUACGCAUGAUAGAGAUUUGGUCAUAAAGGUACAGGAAGAGUGUAAAGGAUUGCCAGUGGCUCUUCAAGUAAUUGGUAGAUCUUUGCGUGAUAGAGACCCCAUGUUUUGGAGAAGUGCGAAGAAUAAGCUCUCAAGAGGAGAAACUAUAUCUUCUUAUCAUGAAGACCUCAAUGAACGGCUGAAAAUGGCAUGUAUAGAUGAACUAGAGGAUAAUGAAAAGCAGUGCUUUUUAGAUCUAGCUGCUUUCCCUGAAGGACGAACCAUUUCUGCAAAUGCAUUGUUAGACAUUUGGGUGUAUGUACGUGGAAUGGAUUGGGACAAUGCUUUCGUGCUCUUAUGGGAAUUUGCAGAUCGCGGACUAGUAACGUUGAAGAGAGAUCCGUGGAGCCCCAGGAUAGCUGAUGGCAGGGCAUAUGGACUAUCCUUUUCCCAACAUGAUGUAAUAAGGGAUUUGACCCUGUAUUUGGUGAAACAGGACAAUAAGAUCAACUGCAGUAGGCUGUGCAUGCCUGAAAAGCGUGACGACAUUCCUUCAGAGUGGCAAAAAGUUCAUCAUCUGAAGCUAAGAUUGUUUCCAUUCAUACAGGCACAAUGGACGAAGAACGAUGGCGACAAAUGGAGUUCCCUGAGGCAGAAGCUCUAGUUUUGUAUUUCACCGCAAGUAGAUAUUGCAUUCCAACAUUUUUGGGCACAAUGAAGGAACUGAAGGUUCUGAUAAUCAAUAACUACAGUGCACGAAGAGCCACACUCAGAGGACUGAAUGGUUUUGAAAAACUUUCUCAGCUGAAAACUCUUCAACUUGAAAGGUUGCUAGUUCCACCCCUGUAUGAACACUUCAAUUUUCUGAAGAGUCUGGAGAAGCUAUCCCUGAGUUUAUGUGAGGGUCUUGGUAACAUGAGUAGAUUAGAUGAGAGUAAAUUCUUCAACUUUCCAGGGCUCUCAGAAUUUAAUGUGGAUCACUGCAGUGAUUUGGAGGAGUUGCCAAGAGGAAUUUUCUCUUCGAAUUCCCUAAAAUUGCUGCUGGUGAGAAACUGCCAUCAGCUUUUAAAAUUACCUGAUGAGCUCGGAAAGCUUGAGAGGCUAGAGGUGCUAAGCUUGUGUGCAUGUGCACGUUUGGAAGUACUGCCAUAUUCUAUCCAGAGUCUUCAACAAUUAGAAAUCCUUGACAUCUCCCAGUGCGGGAAUUUGAAGGUUUUUCCUGAUAAAUUUCACGAACUAUCCAGAUUGAAAAAGGUGGACAUGAGGGAGUGCUCUAAACUCCCAGAGUUUUGCAGAAUGCUUGGCAAACUCGGAUCUCUUAAUCAUGUGAUUUGCAGUGAGAAGAAUGAGAAGCAGUUGAAGCCUUUAAGCAAUGGCAAUGUUAAUGUUGAAGUUGUUGAAGAACAGUUCGGUUUAGACUGGCUUUACAGUUGGUAAUUGCAGGAAUCUAUGGAUGAUUAUUUUCCUAUUUAUUUGUAAUCUGAACAGGGUUUGUGCUAGUUUCAUGGUUAUUAUUUUUUAUGUGAUUAAUAUUGAUUGAAUAAUUUAUUUUAUGUUGACGAUUAUUA